CAUGCAACUCGUUACAGCAAUUAGAAUCACGUUCCCGUCGUCUAGUGUGGACUAGGUUUUCCUAUACAUCGUGACAGUUAUUUCCGCCGGGACUACCAUGCUGUCAAAAGUUUAGUAUUUUUUCAAAUAUGAGAAGUUCAAAGCCAUCAAAACCAAAUAAUUGAUUAACUUUGUACCGAGUUAUGGGGAACUUCCUCAAGCGUUGCUUUACACAGCCGCGUUCAUCUGAACGACCGGUUGGAUUGUUGAUUGUAGGUCUACAAAACUCUGGUAAAACAGAAAUCGCCUACAAAAUCAUCGGCGAAAACCGAAAUGAAUAUUUACAAACCAAAGGAUGCAGAAUUUACAAUACGAUCAUUGCUGAUGUUGUAAUACAACUGACCGAAGUAGGAGGAGCGGAGGAGUUUAGAGACAUUUGGAAAUAUUACUUUCUUGAUAUGUAUGGGAUCAUUUUCGUUAUCGAUACAUCCAGUAUUGACAACAUCUGCCAGUCUUUAAAGGUGUUUGAAAAUCUAAUGGCUCAUGAUUUCUUAAUAGGAAAACCUUUCCUUAUCAUUGCCAACAAACAAGACCUGUCUGGUUCAGUAGAUUCCAUUGAUAUAUGUGAAUACUUGAACGUAGAAUUUCUCGCAAAUAAAUAUCGAAACCCAUGUAUGAUAGAAGCAUGUGGGAAUUGGCCUGAAGAUGCCAAUGAGUAUGACGGACUCGAAUUCGGAAUCAACUGGCUUGUCAAAACUAUUACCAGCAAUAAGCAAUUCUUAACCAAUAGAAUUAAUUUCCAUAGAGUAAUGUUGGAACAUAGCUCUAAACUUUUCGAAAGCCACCGACCAUGCACAAGUGUUCGACGAAAGAAUUCAAGGUUUUCUUUUCGUGACAAACGACCUAAAACUGCCCCGUCUGCAAUAAUAUACCAAAAUUUGCUGGUAGAUAAUGACAACAACUAUCUAGCUAAACGAAAUAGUACAGUCUUGUCAUUGAAGAAGAGUGGAAGAAGCCAAUCAACUAAUGUAGGAAGUAAUGAAGCAACAUUUAACAGCUCUCACACAAAUACGGAAGGCCUCUCUAUAGUCGAAGAGAUAACGGAAAGUAUAGCACCAAGAAAUAAUGAAAUUGAAUCCAAGGUUAUUAUCACGGAUCAGCCUAAUGAAGACAUAACGGUAGAAGAUUUAUCAUUGACACUACAGAGUAAUAUGAGUGUUAAUAAAACGGCCAAUGGCGUGGCAUGAAAUAAUAUCUCGCGUUGGAAUGUGAUGUGCCAAAAAUCAAAUCACACCAUGACUGUCCAUUUAGUGAAAUAAAUUCCAUCCUAAUUUA